GUUAAAAUCAAAGAAUGUAUUUCAUCUUUUGCUGUUUUCUACAUGAUGAGAUUAGAUAAAAAAAUUAAGAGUGAUAUGAAUCAUAGAUAACAAUAAUGGAAAUACAUAAGGCUGAGAUUAAUGCUACGGUGAAUACAACCAUGGAAAUUUCAUUGUAUACAUCUAGGGCGUGCUUAUCCUGUUAUCUUGUAUUUGUUAGCGAUAAAGUUUUAACGAAAGCUUAGUGCUGAUGAAGCAUCAGGUACAAUUCAACCUGUUCAUUUAAUCUCAUGAAAAGAAUUUGAAUCAAUUAAUUCAAAGAUAUAUUGUGAUUUUAAAAACUCUAUACGGUUUAUUUUAUUAAAUGAUGGUGACAAAAAAAAAUCUUGCAGCAGUGCUGGAGAGCCAGAUUGGGUGUGUUAAAUAUACAAUAUUUUCUUUAAAUGCUGUAUUAUGGAUUUUGGGAGGAGGCAUGUUUGGAUUAGCAGUUUGGCUACGAGUGGAACCAGGAUUUCAAGAAUGGGUUGAAAUGCUAAAUAUGAGUGAUUAUUAUACGGGAAUUUAUAUCUUAAUUGUUACAUCAAUUGCUGUAAUGGUUCUUGCUUUUUAUGGAUCUGCUGCUGCUCUUAUGGAACAUACUCUACUUUUAUAUAUUAAUAUUGGUCUCCAAGUUCUUUUUUUCAUUCUUGGGUUGGCUGGGGCUGCGGUGCUCUUAGAUUACUCAACAUAUGAUAGUCAGAUUCAACCGAUUAUUCAUCGGUCUAUGACUACACUCAUUAUGAACUCUCAUCAACCGCGAGCUUCACAAAUUCUAAAAAUAAUUCAAGAAAACAUUGGUUGCUGUGGAGCAAGUGGGCCCAUGGAUUACCUCGAUCUUCUAAAGCCCCUUCCUACUGAGUGUCGUGAUACUGUAACCGGUAAUGCCUUCUUCCACGGCUGUGUCGAUGAAUUAACCUGGUUCCUCGAGUCAAGAUCUGGAUGGCUUGCUGGUCUUGCUCUUGCACUCUGCAUGUUACACGUGGUGCAGGCAUCUUUAUCAUUGAUUCUUAUCCAAGCAAAACAGAAGGAAGAUGAGGCAGUAAUUUACAAGCGUUAAGGAAAUUUUUUUAUUUAUUAAGUAAUGUGAAGUUCAACAUUUUAAUUUCUAUAAACUCAAGAAAUGGUACUGAUUCCUCAAUAGAUUAAUUUUUUACCAGAGGAUGUUAACAGAGAAUGAAAGAAUGUUACUUAUUUAAUAUGCUAAACCACAAGAUCACCUAAAACAACUUUUAGUGUAAUUAUAAUCUUUUUAUUAAAAAAAAUUAUAAUGAUAAAAUUAAUCAUCAUUAUUACAUUAAAUUUGAAUCGAAGUAUUUUGAUGACAUUUGUAUGUUUGUAUGGAUUAGUAUUUUUGUUAUUGCUAUUAUUAGAAUUAUAUUAAUUAUUUAUAAAAAUUUUAUAAUGUAUUUAAUGCCGUUUUUC